AUGAAUAAAUCCAGUCGAAAGAUAACCACCUCUAAGAAACAAAUUGAUGAUAAUAUAUCGCCAGAAGUUGGAUCUGAUUACGACGAUGACUAUGAUAUGGAUUAUCAUUAUUCGAGUGAUGAAAUGCUUGAUCCUACUGAGGAUAAUAAAGUCACUCCCUGGAAUAUGCCGUUGAUUCCUGACAGUCCAAGUAGUGAAGAUCCAGAAAUGGCUACACAACAAUUUUGUAUUGUCUUUCUACAACGAUAUUGUAGUGAUGGUGUUACAAUGGCUCCACCAUUUUCAACAUGUAGUCUUGAUAAUGCUUUAUCACUAUCAGUGGGUACUAGUCAAGUUAGUGAUCGUAAACCAUUGUUUAUAUACUUACACAACGAUAAUAGUGUAGCCUGUCAUGUAUUCUGUCAGCAAGUAUUAUGUUCACCUGGAUUACUUCGAUUUUUAACUGAUCAUGAAUUUAGCCUUUGGCCAUGGGAUGUAACACGUGCACGUGGAAAAGAACGUCUUCUUGGUUGGCUUGAAGUUAAACUACCAAAUUUAUCUAGAAUUAUUACACCUUUAUCUGUAGAUAGUUAUCCUAUCCUUGCUAUGAUUGUCAAGUUAUCUGGUCAAUUAGAAGUGUUAUGCAUAGUUAUGGGUACAGGAAAAGUGAAAAUGUGGCCACUUGAUCCAUUCCCACCAUUGGGUGUACAUACUACUAAUCCUUUAACUAUACAAUCAGAUGAUAGUUUAGCAACAGGAAGUUUAAAAGCUGAUGUAAUUGUUGCUGAAUUAUGGCAAGCGUAUACAAAUUAUCUUGAAGUAUUAGAACCAGAACGUGCAGCUGAACGUGAAUUAAUUGCUCGUAGGCGUGUUUUAGAAGAACAAGAAGCAGCCUAUGAAGAAUCACUUCGUCGAGAUCAACAAAAGGAAUGGGAACGUGCUAAAGCAAAAGCUGAAGAGGAUAGACAAAAGAAACUUGAAGAAGAAAAGCGUAUACAUGAUGAACUAAAAGCAACUCAACAUAGAUUAUCAAUGGCAGCUAGUUUACCACCAGAGCCACCAGUACCAAAAACACCAGCAGCUGAAGCAUUUCUAUCUUCACCAAAAGGUAUUGCAGGUAUUACAACCCUACGUUUUCGAUUACCUCAAGGUGUUACUGAUCUUGUUGACAAUAAUGAUUCAACUAUUAAAAAUGCAACAGUUAUUCGACGUUUCUCUGGUGUAGAUAUAUUAAAACAUGUUUUCAGUUUUUUGGAAUCCAAAGGCUUUUCAAUAUCAGAUUAUAAACUCUUGACUACUUACCCUACUCGAGAUUUAACUUUAAUGGAUGAGAAUAUGACAUUGGCUGACUUGAAACUUGUCCCACAAGAGACUCUUACACUUGAAUUACGCUAA